CGCCCCCUCGCGCGCGCGCCCGGGAAAACGUUGCGCAGGUUCUAAAGCGGCGGCGGGGGCGCGGCCGCGCGCGAGGGGGCGUGUGAGGGGGAGCGGCGGGGAACGGCCGCCACCGGCACAGCCUCGGCCCGCCGCCGCCGGCCCGCCCGCCCGCCGCAUGGAGCUGUCGGCCAUCGGUGAGCAGGUGUUCGCCGUGGAAAGCAUCCGCAAGAAGCGCGUGCGGAAGGGUAAAGUAGAAUACUUGGUGAAGUGGAAAGGAUGGCCCCCAAAAUACAGCACAUGGGAGCCAGAGGAUCAUAUCUUGGAUCCUCGCCUGGUAGUGGCUUAUGAAGAAAAGGAAGAAAGAGACCGUGCAUCAGGGUACAGGAAAAGAGGCCCCAAACCAAAGCGCCUCCUACUGCAGCGGCUGUAUGGCAUGGACUUGAGGAGUGCUCACAAGGGAAAGGAGAAGCUCUGCUUCUCUCUUGCACGGAGGUUUGGAGGAGGAGACAGUAGCCUGCCAGGGGCCAAGACAGGGCAGACAGAGUUCCCCGAGAAGACUGGGGGUGCAGUCCUGCCAUUCUCUCUCCGGAAGCAACGCAAAAACCAGAAGUACCUACGACUGUCAAGGAAGAAGUUCCCGCGCAUGGCGAGUCUGGAGAACCGAAACUGCAGGCAUGAGUUCUUCCUGAAUGAUGCAGUGGGCCUAGAGGCCAGGCAGAGCCCCGAGGACUGGGAGGCCACGCAGCACACCAGCAAAGAAGAUGUGGAUGCCAGUCUCCCUUGGAUCCCCACUGUGCCCCCCAGUGAAGUGACAGUGACAGACAUCACGGCAAACUCCAUCACCGUCACUUUCAGAGAAGCACAAGUGGCUGAGGGCUUCUUUCGAGACCGGAGUGCACAGUUCUGAAUCUCUGUUUGCAGUGCUCCCCAAAACCAGUGCUUUUAGGGUGGGGCUAGGGAAGGCUUACGUUAUCCCUUAUGAGAAAAAAAAAAUUCAAAAUAUCUCCUCUUAAAAUGUU